GAGGGGCCUUGAGGAGCGGCGGGACGGGCGGCCAACAUGGAGCGCUUGGAGCGCUGCGCCCGCUGCUUAAGGGCACGGCUGGUGGCCGAGGCCGUGCGACGCCGGCUGCCGUGGUUACUGCUCGGCCUCGUGUUCGUCGGGUCUGCCCUGAAGGACGGCGAUCUGGUGCCGGAGACGCCCAUGCAGAACAAACGCAACGCGCUCAAUGUGUAUUUUGUCAAGGUGGCUUGGGCAUGGACAUUCUGGCUGCUGCUGCCUUUCAUCGGAGUCACCACUUACCUGUUUGCCAAGAGCAAGUUCCUUUACGGCCCCACGAGGAGCAUUCUGGCAGCUCUGCGGCGUCUCAGCGCGCUGCUGGUGGGCACUGCCGUCUGGUAUGUCUGCACUGAACUCUUCAUGUACAUCGAGAAUCUCACCGGCACGUGCUUUACCUCGAAUAAACUCAGUGAGCCUCAGAAGCUCUACACCACCAAGCAGGAGUGCCAUCGGAACAACGGGAUAUGGAACGGUUUUGAUAUCUCGGGGCACUGCUUUCUGCUCUCAUAUUGUACUCUGAUGAUUGUGGAGGAGAUGGCUGUGCUGGAAGGCUUAUCCAUAGACCGGAACUCAAGGCUGCGUGUUGUUAUCAACGGCCUGUUUGUGUCCUUGUGUUUUCUCACCAUGAUCUGGGUGUUCAUGUUUCUAUGCACUACUGUGUAUUUCCAUGAUUUCAGUCAAAAACUUCUUGGUGCGCUGACAGGUUUGGCAGCUUGGUUUGCAACGUACAGAGUUUGGUACUUGAAACCUUUUUCUCCUGGACUGCCUCUCACAAAUGUACCUUUGAGUUCAAAGAAAUACGGUUAUAGCCGAUAAUAUUCUUUAAUUUUGGAUUUUUCUUUCAGUGCCAGACUAGUUAAAUACAGACAUAUAUAUAGGCAUAUAUAAAGCCUAUAGGCAAUAUAGGCUUUCAACCAUAAGGAAGAAGGUAAUGGGCUGGACAGCCUUUACCAGCUGAUGGCUGGGAGGUGAUGAGAAAUUUUGUUUAUAAAGAAUUAAUACUGGACAAGGUCUGCUCUUGGCUAGGAGUUACUGGUUGGUAAAGAAAUACAAAGUUGGAUUUGUUUCUCGUAUUAAGAAAUAGAGGAACAGAUCUUCCAAAACUGACAGAGGCCUUUGCACUUUAAGACCUUAACUGACCUUAAGUUAAUUCUCCCUCUAUCUAUUUUUAUUAAAAUACCAGGCAUGAUCCAAAUGUCCUUUUCUUCUUUUUUUAACUUGUUUUGUCCUUAGAGGAGAUCUCCCCUAAUGGCACUGCUGAUAGCUACUGCAGAGGACUCCAGCCACCAGUGUUCAUUUGGUAAAGCAGUGUGAAGCUCCACUGUGAAAUGCGAACAUCUCACGUGGUGUUAAAUACACCUGACAAGGGUUUGUGCCAAGUUGGUGUACGCGUGUUCUGCAGCAAAGAGAAUGAACCUGAGAUGUAAUAGCUUAAGCAGUCUGUGACUUGAAAUUGAUACCUGUGUUUGGAAAGGAAACUCCUCAAUAACAAGUUUUAUCUUUCUCCUUACAUGAAGUAACUAUAACCAUGUUUUGCAACUUUAGACACACAAAAAAAUCCCAAGUCUAUUGAGAGAGUUGGGUGUUUACUUUUAUUUUUUUAAUCUUACGCAUUUAGCACCAUAAAACCAAAUACUUUCUGGUAUGUUUCUUCCAGAACAAUGGAAUUCUGGUGUUAUGAACAUGUUAGCUUAACUCGCUUAAUAGCCUGCCUGGUAUUGAAUGAAACUUAUUGUUUAUCCUGAGAGCUGCAAAGCAGUUUGCUUGAAGCAGUAUUUAUUUUGCUUAUCAGUGAAUGUCAAUAAGCUACUUAAUUUUGAUUGCACACAUAGUUGUGGCUGCUUCUGAUACGUUUGGAAACCCACUACUGAAUAAAACACUAAUGUUGUGUAAUGAAUAGGUAUGAAAUUGGAUGGGUUUGCUCAUUGUACCAAACAUUUAGCGUAGUUUUGAUCUUGCAGAGCCUUUUAUUGUUUCAUAAAGGUUUGCUCAUGUUGCAGUUGUGCAAAACUUGUGUGAUGGUUGCAGUGUUGAAAGUCAAAGAGGUUUGUAGGCACAGCUGCCAUAUGAGAGGGGACAAUCUGUGUGCAGUGUUUGGCUCCAAGUUGAUUGUUUAGUUGAAUAGGGUGUGAUGCACAGUCAACAUUGGCACAUUUUUGUUGUGUUUUUUUUUAACCAUCUCCUCAGCUCUUUUUCAGCAAAUGCGUGGAAGUAUUUGCAGCAGUUUUAGCAACGUUAAUUCCAUGUUUGUGGCUCACCUCUGAGGAAAGCUGGAUUCCUUUGACUUCCCACUCCGUUCAGUGCCAAACCCGAGUUGUUUUGCAGCCUCAGAAAGCACAGAUUGCCACGCAGAAAGAAGCUUUUUCAGGAGUCGAUGUAUUUUCUAUCAAGUUCCUUCUUUUGUCUUUUGCAAUGAAUUGCCUUUAAGCUGACUCUGGGAAAUUUGCACUGAUCAACUCAUAUUGGGUUUAACUAAAAAUAUAUUUGAACAAUGCAGAUUAAUUUGCAGUCCUUCUUUUGAUGUACUAUAAGCCUGCUCCCUCUUGACUUAAGCUAGGCUGCAAGCCACUUGCAUCGUGAAUAAGGAUUAUAUACCCAGAAGGUUUUCUGAUUCAUUUCAUUAGAUUUAAGUUUCUAUUUUAGGUUAUCUUUAUGUAACUUUGCUACAUAGGCCUGCUAUGGGAAAAUGCAGUUUAUUUAAACCAGCAGGCUUGCUGAUAUUAUCUUCAGUUCCACAGAUGUUUUAUGCAAUCACUGCAUCAUUGUUUCUCUGUGCUUCAGAUUAGUGUCAUACAAACUGUUUAUUGUGGAAAUAAUGUAGGCCAUGGCUAUUCUCAGACUGUAUUUAAGCUACGAUAUGCUUGUGUCUUUGUGGGUGUUUCUGGAGUCUGCAAAGGUACUUUUGCUGUCCUUCACUUCCCUGAACAAUCCAGGCUCUCAGGUUUUUUCUGACUUAUAUAAUAUUAUACAGAUUUAUCUGAGAUUAUACUGAAUUAUUGGUGACAGUCUGAGCACGCUGUAUUUCCACAGGUGAACGUGGCACAAAUUCUCAAAAACAAAGGGUUUAAAACCAACAAAAACACCUGACAAAAGCAAGAUUCCUAAUGUGUGCCAUGCAGUUGGUUACCUAGACAUGAACAGUUGCUCUUUGUAGCAAAGUGGAGGCCUAAUCCACUGGAAUAGAUGGAAAAGUUCCCGUGCAGUAAUGUUCCUUAUGAGUUUGGAAGUCUUGUACAAUGUGUUUCUCAGAGACCACGUGCCAGCUGUUGGCUUACAAGGUUUCCUUGUGCUCCAGGCCUCUUCUUGGUGUCUUUUGGCUUUCAGUUAACUGGAAAUCAAAACUGCUGAUUUUCUGCUCAUGCAUUUCCUAUCACCUUUACCUGACUUCCCUCACUCCCCCAAAUAAACUUCUAUCAUUAA